ACUUCCACACUCCACCUCACUCCACUCCGUUUCCCAACACGUAGCAAAAUACAAACCAAAAUAAAAAAAAAAAAGAAAACAAAACAAAACAAAACAAAAAAAAAAGAGAAAAAAAAAGAAAAAAGAAAAAAUGCAUUCCUCGGUUCUCACACCCCGCGUGAAGCUCCCGACUCUUCGUCUCCUCCGGCUUCCUCGCCUCCCUCCUCUCCAUCUCUCCUCAGGGUUAAGAGUACCUGUCCCAGGUCACAAGGGUGCUUGCCAUGAUCUGCAGUGGAAGUGUUGUGCUCUAUCCAAAUCCAAUACCCAGGAGUAUGGUGUUGAUAUUAUUGGUGGUGAUGGAGCUUCAUAUUCUAAUAGGUUGGAUGAGAGUAGUAAAUUGGAUGAUGAGCACAAUCUACUUGAGGUCCCCGGAUUAGAUAUAUGGAAGAUGAUAAAUGAGGUAAAGACGAUGUUGGGCGCGAUCAAUGAUGGAGAGAUAAGCAUUUCGGCGUACGACACCGCAUGGGUCGCGCUAAUAGAGAAGCAAGACGCAGACGGCCCGCAAUUCCCGUCUAGCAUCCGAUGGAUCGUCGAUAACCAACUUCCCGACGGCUCGUGGGGCGACGCCGCCACGUUCUCCGCCCACGAUAGGAUGAUCAACACUCUGGCUUGCAUUGUCGCGUUGGAGUUGUGGGAUCUUCACCCCGAAAAGUGCGAGAGAGGAUUAUCAUUUCUCCGCGGGAACAUGUGGAGGUUGGCGGAGGAGGAGGCGGAGCUCAUGCCUAUUGGCUUUGAGAUUGCUUUCCCUUCCCUAAUAGAGAUGGCCAAAGACCUGGGCCUGGAUGUUCCUUUUGAUCAUCCUGCCUUGAAGGAUAUAUAUGCUCGGAGAAGUCUAAAGCUCAAGAGGAUACCGAAGGAAGUGAUGCAUAAAGUACCAACAUCAAUUCUCCAUAGCCUGGAGGGGAUGCCUGGUUUGGACUGGGCUAGUCUUCUUAAGCUCCAAUGCAUGGAUGGCUCCUUCCUAUUCUCUCCUUCCUCUACGGCUUACGCUCUCAUGCAAACGCGAGACGAGAAGUGCUUCGACUACCUUCGACGAAUCGUCGAAAGAUUCGACGGAGGGGUGCCCAAUGUUUAUCCGGUCGACCUAUUCGAGCACCUUUGGGCGGUCGAUCGAUUGGCUCGUCUUGGGAUCUCUCGGUAUUUUGAGCAUGAUAUUAAAAGCUGCCUAGAUUAUGUGUCCAGAUACUGGACUGAAGAAGGGAUUUGUUGGGCAAGGAAUUCUGCGGUGCACGAUGUGGACGACACAGCGAUGGGAUUCCGCCUGUUAAGAUUACAUGGAUAUGAUGUCUCCUCGAAUGUGUUUAGGAAGUUUGAGAAGGAUGGAGAGUUUAUUUGCUUCGCGGGGCAGUCGAGCCAGGCGGUCACGGGGAUGUACAACCUCAACAGGGCAGCACAGUUAUUAUUCCCAGGAGAGAAGAUAUUGAAGCGCGCUAAGAGCUUCUCCUAUGCAUUCCUUCGAGAAAAGCAAGCUUGCAACGAGCUCAAGGAUAAGUGGAUCAUCGCCAAGGACUUGCCAGGCGAGGUGGAGUACACGCUGGACUUUCCCUGGUACGCCAGCUUACCACGUAUAGAGACUAGAUUGUACCUGGACCAAUAUGGGGGCGCCGACGACGUCUGGAUCGGAAAGACCCUCUAUAGGAUGCCACUUGUGAACAAUGACCUGUACCUUGAACUCGCCAAAGCGGACUUCAACCAGUGCCAGGCUCUGCAUCAGCUUGAGUGGCUUGGCCUCCAAAUGUGGUACGAGGAGAAUGGUCUUGCAAAGUAUGGCGUGAACAAGAAGAGCAUGUUGAGGGCCUACUUCUUAGCUGUGUCAUCCAUAUUCGAACCGGACCGGGCCGCGGAGCGACUCGGGUGGGCUCAGACGGCCGUGCUCGCUGAUGCCGUCUCCGCGUACUUCCGCAGUAAGUCGUGCACGGAGGAGACGAGGCGGCACUUCAUCCGCAACUUCCUCGAGGACGACGUCGAUGAAAGCGGUGAUAGCGACCGGACCAGGUCGGGACGGGAGACGACAGAGGACGGCCUGCUGGGGCUCCUCCGCCGGCUGAUCGACCGCCUCGCCUUCGAGGCCGUCCCGCCGCCACCGCCUUUCGGACACCACCCAACCCGACACCACCUGCGACAAGCGUGGCAUGAGUGGGUGGUGACGUGGAGGGAGGAAGGGAUGAAUGGCGGGGCCCACGCGGGGCUGCUGCUGGCGCGGACGGUGGAGAUCUGCGCGGGCCGGUCGAGCGUCGCCCCCCGCCUCACCCGACUCGCCUCCUCCCUCUCCCACCUCCUCUCCCUUAGGAGGACAAUGACAACGGCGACGACAACGACAAUGACGACCCUCUCCCCACAGGGCGCGGCAGAGAAGGACACAAUCGUAAACAAAAUCGACGAGGAAGUUGAUUCAGGGAUGCAAGAGCUAGUUCAGUGUGUUCUCCAAAGUUCCAAUAACCUCAACAACAAGACCAAGCAAACAUUCCUGAGUGUAGUGAAAAGCUUCUAUUAUCUUGCCCAUUGCCCUUACGCCACUCUCAAUACCCAUAUCUCCAAAGUGAUCUUCGACAGAGUGGUUUAAACCAGAUUCGAUUCGAUACAAGCAUCAUAUUUUCAGCGUAUGUAUUGCAUAUAUAUAUAUAUAUAUGUAUGUAAGGGUCACCAUGAGUUCAGAAGCAACUAUUUUUAGCAAAUUCUCAAAUACCAAAUAAAAGUAAACAAGAAAUAGUGGAGGUUAAAAUCA